GAUAACGCAGCCAGCGCCCCUGGGGGAAGCUGCGUUAAGUAACCGCCGGCGCGAGCGGGAAAGACGGGUGACAGUCGCCGGCGAGAUGUUGAGGCGGACGGUCGCGAUCGUAGCCGUGGCGCUCGCCGCCCAGGUUUUAGGACAACUGCGUGGAGGUGGUGGGUUCACGUGCCCAGAAAAGAAUGGACGAUUUCCAAGUCCACAGCAGUGUGACGCAUAUAUUGAGUGUGAAGAAGGUGUUGCAACAGAAAAACUAUGUCCAGAUGGACUCCUUUUUAAUCCAAAGGCACGUUUCUUUGCAUAUCCCUGUCAGUAUCCUGUAAAUGUUGACUGUGAAGGAAGAUCAGCUCUACAGCCACCACAACCAACAGAGGACUGCCCAAGGCAGUACGGCUACUUCCUUCGCGGUGAUACUUCAAAUUGUGGCAAGUUUGUUAACUGUGCCGCUGGUGUUGGAUAUGAAUUUGACUGCCCGGAAGGCCUAGCAUUUAAUGCAGAUAGCCUUCUUUGUGAUUGGCCCGACCAAGUGCCAACCUGUGAUGCAGAAGCCUUCCUGGGUUUUCGGUGUCCUGAACCAAAUGGGAGAUACGAUGACUUCCAGUUCUUUAGAAGUCCAGCAGAUUGCCAGAAGUAUUUCAUAUGUGUCAAUGGUCGACCUCGUCUGUACAGCUGUGGUGACGGAGAUGCAUUUAAUGAAGAGUUUGGAGGCUGUGAUGGUAUAGAGAAUGUCACAGCAUGCAACAAUCAGCAAAAUCUUCGUCUCGCAACAACGACAGCAAAACCAAUUGGACUGCCAACACAGUAUCAAUACAAGCAGGGCUAAAUUUCUAUGUGACAAAUCUUCCAUCAAGCAUUCAUCAACAUAGCACAAUGAGCCAUUAUAAACAUCCUCUUGAUUUGGGCAUCAGUACAAAGAUUACUGAUUAAACAUCAAUAUGUAAACAUUGUGUAUCAAGAUCUCUACAUAUUGAAUAAAUUUAACAAAAUAUAAA